CCUCCCGUCGCCAUUUUUCGGUCUCGUACUCGCACUUCUGGUGGCUCGGGUGAGGGGGGGGACGAGCAGAAAUAAGGGAAAGUAGAAAAUAAUAGAAUCGUUACGCCGGGAAUCCCUCGCGAGCGGUGAGGAAUGCACGCGUGAGCUCCGGAAGAGCGUCCUGGCACCUGAGAUGCACGCGCAGGAGACGAGCCGUUGCUGUGAAAUAAUUUUUUGUGUGAAGACGUGUUGCGGGCCGCCAUUUUUUUGCCGUGCUGCCUCAAAAGUCUGCUCCGACUCGAUAAAGGGGAUUCAAAAUCGCAUUUCCAUGACGCGUGCCUUACCGUGACACCACGAAGAUACUAGGAAACCAUUUCGUUUCCGACUGGCGACAUUUUUUGAGCCGACAUGAGGAUUUAUCAGAUGAAAAACUGAGGCCACCUUUUCCGCUCUCGUAACUGACACUGACUGGAGGAGAUAAAUUAUUAGAAGAGAAGCCUGGUGUGUUCUCGGAAGGCGGAACGAAAAAGGGAAGCUUCAUUGAUCAUUUGUUGCUUCGCCCUCCGUUGUCGUAAGUUUUUUUUUUAGUGUGUCUCUCUCUUGGCCGCUCAAACAAUCACUCAGCCAUUGACUGCUCAACACAGGAACCACAUUAUGUUCCAAAGUUGGAUCAAGCCAGUCGCAGCCUGUCUCUGAAAACGUCAGGUUGUUUUUUGUUUGCUCAUUCUUCUUCUUUUUAAUCAGAGGUCUCCGGAGCCUGCAGCGUUUGUGCAGAAACCACUCGAAAAACCUCACAGGGGCGACGUAUGCCCUGCCCUGCAUCUCCUGAAUCCUCCAAUUUGCUGUGAUUGGCCAAUCCCAACCACGCAUACACGUUUUAACUUAUUGCCUAGGCUUGUUUUGUAAUCUUUUUGUAGACUGAUAUUAACUUAUUGUUGCAAACAGACAUGUCAACUGCUCGGUUUGAUUCAUCUGACCGGUCCGCCUGGUAUUUUGGACCCGUGUCACGACAAGAGGCACAGAAUAGGUUACAAGGACAGAGACAUGGCAUGUUUCUGGUGCGAGACUCGUCGACCUGCCCUGGCGACUACGUGCUGUCAGUGUCGGAGAACUCCAAAGUGUCUCACUAUAUCAUCAACUCUUUGCCCAGCAAGAGGUUCAAGAUAGGCGACCAAGAGUUUGACCACCUCCCUGCUCUCCUGGAGUUCUACAAAAUCCACUACCUGGAUACCACCACGCUGAUAGAGCCAGCCCCCAGGUACUCAAGUUCAGUGAGCGCAGCCAUCCAGCCCAUGGGCGGCCUGGAGGAGAACCUGGAGUAUGUGCGGACUCUAUACGACUUCACUGGCAGCGAUGCAGAGGACCUUCCCUUCAAGAAGGGGGAAAUCCUCAUCAUCCUGGAGAAACCCGAGGAGCAGUGGUGGAGCGCCAAGAGUAAAGAGGGACGUGUUGGGAUGAUCCCCGUGCCCUAUGUGGAGAAAUUGGUACGACCUUCACCUCAUCCCGGCCAGCCUUCCCACGGAUCUCGCAACUCCAACAGCUACGGGAUCCCCGAGCCCUCCCACGCCCUCGUCCACGCCUACGCCCAGCCCCAGACGCCAUCGCCGCUGCCCCCUGGCACACCUGGAGCAGUUAUCACCCCUCUACCGUCCAUGCAGAACGGUCCUGUCAUGGCUAAGGCGAUCCAGAAACGAGUGCCCUGCGCUUAUGACAAAACAGCUCUUGCUUUAGAGGUCGGAGACAUCGUCAAGGUCACACGGAUGAACAUCAGCGGUCAGUGGGAGGGAGAGGUGAACGGACGGCGGGGUCUCUUCCCAUUCACCCAUGUCAAAAUCAUAGACCCCCAGAAUCCUGAUGAGAGUGACUGACCCACGAGUUCGACUGGACCUUCUCGCCAGUAUUGACCUGUACCUGAAUCUGCUGGCCGUCUCCACCUUUCCCGCCAGUGUCACCACGGUUACGUGCUUGCCUGCUUGGGGCUGUACCAUGAUAGCGACCCCUCUGUUGUUGCCAACCGUUGCAAGGCUUUCUGACUGUUUACAGCUUUGGACAUUGGAUCCAAACUAAAACCUGACCCCGUUUCUCCCAGUCCCCUCUCCUUUGACUUGGUUCCAGGCUGGGCAGUGUUUUUGCAUUAGUGUCCUUUUUCAUUUCCAGAUCACUGGGCAUCAGUGUGAGCGUGUGUGUGUGUGCGUAUGUAUAAGUGCAUGUGCGUGUGUGCGGGUGUGUGUGUGUGUGUGUUCACGAUAGAUAUUUGCCACAAUACAUCACAACGUGUCUGUUUUUUUUUUUUUAUUUGAUUUCUCUGAAUCUUUGUUGUUUGAAGUCUUGGGGACUUUAGAAAGUGUUGGUGUGUGUUUGUUUCGUUAAUGUGAGGAUAUUUGUACGAAGUAGGGAACGGCAUUAUCCCUAUGGACUUGGGAGAGCACUGAGGUAAUGAGGAGCUAACCAGCCAGUCAAAUGUUAUUUCUCCAAACAAUCAAGUCACUGUUGUACCUUAGCCAUCUCACAAGCACACACAUACACACACGUAUUGGCCGGGAGAUAUUCAGGUUGAUGGGUUUUUUGAUGUGUAUGUGAUGUGUGACUGGGGAGAAGCAGGAGAUGGGUUUGUGGAAGGUCUCAGUUGUACCAUAACAUAGAUCCCAUGAUCCCAUCCACUUUUCCACCUGGCACAAGUCUGGCUGACAAGACUUAUUUAUCUUUUCCUUAAUAAGACAUGACACGGCCAUAUGUGAUUUAAUCUUUUCCUUAUUUGUGCCACAUGAUCAACAAUAGUUUUUUUUGUUUGUUUGUUUUUUAUAUUUGUGACUUGGAGAAGAUGUAUGGUAGAGGGGUAACUUUGCAUGUCCACUCGGUACCUCUCGUUACUGUCCUUCACAUUACUUUGAACUAAAAGGACGUUGCUUAGAAAUUAGCAGGUUUUUAGUGCCAACAGCACCCAAGCACUAGAACAUAUAUUUCAACUUUCUGCAUAGCCAAGCUUUGAACAGGUUUUCAAAAAGUCAAGUAGCAACUGGCCAGCACUUCCCACAAGCAUCUGACAAGGCUAGCUAAAAAUGCAUUGUGGGCACAAGGACUGAAGGCUUUCCACUGAGGUGAGAAGCUCUGCUUUCAGUGGCGUAGGUCAGGGAAGGAGGAAAUGUCUCAGCAAGCCAAUGAGAAUCCCAUCAAUUGCCUUUUUUCAGAGAGUAAGUAAAUGCAUCUUUAGCGCAUGCAAUCCCCUCUCUAACUGUGUGUUCUUAAUGCGAUGUUGCUCCGGUCAAUUUAGGAUUUCAACCAGCUUAAAUAUUUGGUCUGUGCACAAUUUUUUUGUCUCUCUAUAUGCAAACAGACUCUUAUUGGAGUAGUGGAAAGCAUCUUUGUUCAUACUGUGCUGCAACCAAUUCUGUUUGACCAGUCACAGCGGAGGAUUAAACAGUUGUGCAAACAGUGCCGACCUCUAGAUUUCUGCUGUAAAAAAAUGAACCAUUUCACCCCUUCAUCUCUCCGCCUAGUGCUUUCCGUUCAAAUCAACGCUCAGCCAUUCACUCAGAUUAAUAUUGUGCAGCUUUUAGUUGUAUCCCGAUUUUUAUUUUGUUAUAGUCAGCUAUUAAAUCAAGCAUUUUUUUGUUUGAAAAUGAGUGAUGUUGUUAAACAAAAGUACCUACGGUGACAUUUACAAAAGGGAAAAAUGCCUGCUGGUUGCCUCUGUGCAUGACCUCUUGGCCAGGGAGAUGGUUCGACCUGGCCAAAUGCUGCUUAAUGUCAUUUAUUUCCUUAUUAAAUAAAAAGGUUUCUCUUAUUUUGAUCCCUCCUGGUCUGUGCGAACAAAGCCAGUGUGGGUUUUCCUCAUCAAACUUAAUGAAAUCUACUAAUUAAGCAAUACACCCUGAUUAUUUCCUUUCCUGAGGUGAACUUGCUUUUCUCAUGCUUCUGAGUUGUUUUGUAAUGGCAUUAACAGUAUUACUGUGCUUCUCAUAUUCUAGGAAAGCCUGUCUUUUACUUAAGAAUUGAAAAUUGUGCCUUUUAUUUUCUUAUACCAUUUACAUGUGUUAAUAUUUACCAUGGUUAACACCUGUGCUGGUAUUGACCCUUUAUGUACAGAACAAGUAAAUAAAAUUUACGUCUACUUCUUUAA